UGAGAGGCUUCAUCCAACAGCUGAUGAAAACAGAUGCAGAGAUCCACAGCCAAACGAUAGGCGGAGCUCCGGGCGUGCUGUGGAAGAGUGGGAGGAAGGAUUGAGGGAGCCACAGGGGUCAAAAACGACCUACAUAGCAAAGUUAACCGGGGUGGGGGUGGGGCGGUUAACUGGGAUGCCGUGACCGCCGCGGCGGGGCUCAGCAGACGCUCCGCGCUCCGCCUCCUCCCCGGGUUUAGCGGGUGAGGGCUCGGCUAGAGCCAGCGCGGUCCCGGUGGAGUACGCAUGCGUGAGCUCCGCGGCGGCGCAUCGCGUGACGUCACGGGCGCGCCGGGCCCCGCGGCUUCCUGGCUUCGCGCGGGUUUCGCGGGCGAGCGAGCCGGGAAGCUGUGGGUUGGCGGUAGGUGCGAGGCGGCGCGGCCCUGUUUAACUCUCUCGAGGACCGUUCGGCUCACCAUUUGCUGAAGCUUUAGUGCGCACGGGAAAACUCAGUUGCUUCUUCUUAAUGCCUUGUGGAGGCACAGCAGCUGUUUUGAAGGUUAGGCUUUAGGGUUUGGAUCAAUCCGUAAGAGGAUUUUUCACAGAAACAAUGUCUUUGGUUCCAGUAACUCCCUAUACAUACACACCACUGAAUCUGCUUAAGGAAGGAGCAAUUGUCAAUGUCUAUGGUGUUGUAAAAUUCUUUAAACCGCCGUACCUCACGAAAGGAACUGAUUAUUGCUCAGUUGUAACAAUUGUGGACCAGACAAAUGUGAAGUUAACAUGCAUGCUCUUUAGUGGGAACUAUGAAGCCCUCCCGAGCAUUUAUAAAGUUGGAGACAUUGUUCGCUUUCACAGGCUGAAGAUCCAAGUCUAUAAAAAUGAGCUUCAGGGAAUCAACAGCCCUGGUUUCUCGUCUUUGACAUUUGAAGGAACUUUAGGGACUCCUGUCACAGCACGUACUUCAAGCAAACUUUUUAGCUUCACUUCUAAGGACCAAAAAGUAGUAGAAGCCUUGCGGGUUUGGGCAUCCACGCACAUCUCAGCGUCUUCCACUCUAGUGCAGCUGUGUGAUGCUCAGCCCAUGCAGUAUUAUGACCUGACUUGUCAGCUCCUGGGUAAAGCAGAAGUGGACGGAACAGCAUUUCUUCUAAAGGUAUGGGACGGGACAAGGACAGUGUUUCCCUCUUGGAGAGUCUCCAUACAAGAUCUGACUUUCGAGGGUGACUUGAGCCACAUUCUGCAGCUACGGAGUCUGGUGAUAGACAUCCUAGUCUAUGAUAACCACGUUCAAGUGGCAAAGGCCCUGAAGAUCGGAAGUUUUCUUAGAAUCUACAGCCUCCAUACCAAACUUCAGUCUGUUAAUUCAGAAACCAACAGCUCGUUGAUAAGGCUGGAGUUUCAUCUCCAUGGAGGAACCAGUUACGGUCGGGGGAUCAGGGUCUUGCCAGAAACAAGCUCUUGUGUGGAUCAGCUGAAAAAAAGUUUAGAAUGUGCAGAUUUGGCAGUGAAUCAGCCCUCAAAUGAUAUCUGUCAAUCAGAAAAUGAGGACAUCUUUGCACUUUCAAGCUCCGGAUCAGGCUCAGUAUCACUGUAUGAGGUAGAACGAUGUCAGCAGGUCUCUGCUACAAUACUUACAAACCACCAAUAUCUAGAGAAAACACCAUUGUGUGCCAUUUUGAAGCAAAAAGCUCCUCAGCUAUAUCGAAUCCAUGCAAAACUGAGAUCGUAUAUGCCCAGAAGACUCUUCCAGUCUGUUAAACUUUUUUGUCCUAAAUGUCAUUCAUUGCAAGAAGUUCCAUCUGAGUAUGAUUUGGAUAAAAUUUUGCAAGAUGCUACAACUAACGCUCUAAAUAGCAAGCUGCAAGAUACAUCAUUGUAUGACUCAAAAGUCUGGUCCACUGAAGGCCAAGGAGGACGGCAAAUCGCUGUUCAUUUUGUGAAAAAUGAUGGCAUUCUUCCUCUUUCAAGUGAAUGUCUCAUUUUGAUAGAAGGAGGAAGAUUCUGUGAAGUCUCUAAACUGUCAAGCAAGUUUCACAGUGUGAUUCCUGUGAGGUCUGGCCCCGAGGACCUGGAGCUCCUAGACCUUUCAGCACCAUUCCUUAUACAAGGAAAGGUGUAUCACUAUGGAUGUAAACAGUGUUCAAGCUUGAAGCCUAUAGAAAACCUAAAUUCCCUUCUUAAUAAAGGACUGUGGAUUCCUUCCUCUGUGGCAGAAGUUCUGGGCAUUGAGCCUCUGCAGUAUGUGUUUGUUAUGACCUUCACUCUGGAUGAUGGGACAGCAGUUCUGGAUGCUUACCUCAAGGACUCUGAGAACUUUUUCAAAAUCCCAGCAUCCGAAGUCCUCACAGAUGACAGCCUUCAGAAGAGUCUGGAAACAGUCAUGGAUAUGAUAUGUCCACCAGGAGUAAAAAUUGUAACAGACUUCAGAACGUUGAGUUUUUGCUUUGCAAAGUUCAUGACCGUUAGUUGUUCCUGCACAAACACCAGCUUCUCAACCUGCUCCUGUCCAGGGGAUGUUCUACCAGUUAUCGCUGUCACCGUGUCGGACUCUGGCCCAGGAUUCUGUUUCUCUUGGGACCUGCAGCUCUACAUUGUGUUAAGAAGCUAGAUUCUUCCAGGAAUCCUUCUCAGUUCCGAACCUCCCUCUGCCUGCUUAUCCCUUCCUGAUGGAACUGUCAGAGGUGUUCCUGGUGAGGGUUGGUCCUGCCAGCCUCUGUGUUGUAGCAUCAAUUCCAAGGUGGAAUUCUGGCUCAUCUGGAGUAAAGUUUAAUUUGAGCAGCUUCAUUUUUGUUUGCUUUAAUUUGUGUUGCUAUUGGAAUUACCCAUGGACAGAUUUCCAAAACAAAAAGUCUCUGGGCCUGGUAACUUUUGAUAUACACAGCUGAAUUAUUUACUAUGUCCGGUCCCUUGAGUCAUGCAUAGAAGUGUUUGAGUUUACCCUGGCUGGCCUGAGGGCUGCCCUCCGUGCUCUCAGACCAUCCUGGGCCACCUGUUGAUGUUAGAAGUGAGUCUGACCUGCUCUCAGAGUGUGGAGAGGGCCAAUUGCUGAUGGCUCUGUGCGGCUCCAUAGCUGUGUCCUGUCACACUGAUCGGAGCUAUAGUUCAGGUUCCCUUUCUUUCCAGCUCAUCAGGAAAAAGCCAGAGAGGCCUGUAAGCAGCCAGCACCAAAAGUGGUGUGAAUGUGGCUGAGGGUAAAGUGUGACAACUACUGUCUUUGCUGCUGGGUCUUUUGUAAACCCAGGUACUUUCAUCUGUUUGUCAGGAAAAAUUGCAAAUUAGUCAGCAUGACCAGUUCUGUGUUGAAUCUAAUGGCCACGUUUCUUUUGGUCUAUAGAUGCAUACCCAUGGCUGGAGUGCCUCAUCAAGUCCUACAACGUCACCAUCGGAGGAGAGCAGCGAAUUUGUUACCAGAUUUUUGACACUAUGGUUGCAGACGAUGUCAACUAGUGCUGCCAUUCAGCGCAGUGUGUGGGAUUUUACAGUUUUAGAAAAGGUUAUGACUCUCAGAUUCUCAGAAGACAUUUCGCUAUUGUCAAAAAGUGUUACACCCAUUUUCACCAUAGUUUAGUUCUUUUGUACAGAAAGAUAUUUUAUUGUUAUUUAUACCUACUUGUGAACAUGUUAAAAAUGCCUUGUUACUAAUCAUGUCCAGGGAGGUAUAAAAUGAGGCCACAUGGCUUGCUUGAAAAGGACCAGGCUUUCUUGGCUCUUACUUAUAAAACACUGGUGGCUAUUUUCCAUCCUGUGCUGUUUGGAUUCAUCUUUGUGAGAAGAAUCUGUUUGGCCACCCAUCUGAAAGAAGUCUUGCUGUGCUUCCACACAUGCGUAUCGGGUUACCUGAGUUCUGCUUGAACAUAUGCCUUAGUGAGCCUAGCUAUACUAAAGGGGGGAGGGGCCUGGGUUGCUGUAAGUAGACAUGGUACGUUUUGUUUAGGUGCUGUUGUUGCCCAUGUUAGGAUAAUGUAUCUCUUUGAACCAAAUAGUAUAUUUGACUUCCUGCUUCCCUCCAGAAUACUCAGAAGUUAUUUCAUUCCAUCUAACAAAGUGAUGGAAUUUAUGAUUUUUAUAAACCAUAUAUAUCUUAACUUUUUCAGGAUUCUUAUGUAAAAUAUGCCUUUUUGUAUUGAGAUGUUAACUCAAUUGAAUGCUCUUGUUUUUAUUCAGUAGUGUUUAUCAUCAACUUAUAGGUUUUUUUAAUAUUUUGUACAGUCUAUUUUGAUCACCUUUUCCCCUUCUCCCAAAUACUCCCUACACACCUAAUUCCACACACUUUUUUUUUCUCUUUAGAAAACAAACAGAAAAACAAAACAAACAAGCCAUAAUACAAAAAAAGGAAAGCACAAGAAACAAACGCACACACAUACAAAAUUUAUAAAUCAAAAUCAGAAACCAUAACAUACAAACAAAAAGCCAGUAUGGCAAACAAAACAAAACAAAAACAAAAAAAAACAAAGCCCAAAUAAAGCAAUAUGAGAUAAGUCUACAAAAUACCAUUAAGUUUGUUUUGUGUUGGCUGUUUACUUCUGGACAUAGGACCUGUCCUUAAGUAUGGUUAAUAUACCUAUUGAGAUUUCACUGGUGAAAACUAAGUUUUUUCUUUGAUAGUUGUUGCAAAUUGAAGUCAUGGUUGGGGGCCAAUAUCCAUUGCCUCUGAGCACUGUGAUCCCGUCUGGCUUGGAUCUAUGUUAGCCUGUACAUACUGGUCCAGUUCUCUUGAGUUCAUGUAUGUGUCAGUCCUGUUGUGUCUACAGACCUUGUUUCCAUAGUGUUGCCAGCCCCAUUGGCUCUUACAGUCUUUCUGCCUUCUCUUCUGUAUAAUUCCCUGAGCCUGGAGGGAAGAGGUUUGAGGAAAACAUCCCAUUUAAGGAAAAGAUUCUUAUGGAAGUGGCCAUCCAAUGUCCUUUUUAACUAACGGUCCGUGCCACAAGAGUGCUCCUGCCACACAGUGCCUGUCCACAGUAAUCCUAAAUUCUGGUUCCUGGGUAUGUUGAUGCAUUUCUGUUCCAAGCUCUCAUUCUCCACUUUACUCUUUUCUCAGCUCUUAAGGGGCAAUGCGAAAGGGCUGUUGUUGUUCAGAGUCUAUUAACUCUCAGUUCACAACUUUCAUUGAGGAAAUGUGCUGGAAAUUACUGAUGCUUAAAGGAUUCGGUGUGAGAUGAGCAUGUCCUCUACCUUCAGAAAGCACCCAGUGUCCGGAGGAGGACUCCUGCACAGCCUUAUACCGAAUGUGUCCUGUUGUACCUCCAGGUGCACAAAGGGAAACUUUCUCUGAACCUUGUUUCUCUUGGCUUAUGCUCACAUUGCUGUGAUUUCUUUGUUUAUUGUGAGUUUUUCUCCUUUUCACUUUUGGACAAAAGUUCUAUCAACACAGUGUUUAACUAGGGCAGCACAUGCGUAUUACCGUUAAGCAGGAACAGACACUAGAAAAUUUCAUUUCUGGAGCAAUUGGAGUAGUUCAUGUGCCUAUGUUGGAUAGCGAUCCUUUAUGUGGAUGUUGCUAGAAUCUUCCUCGUGACCUAACAUUAUGCAAAUUUGAGUAAAUAUUGUAUUUACAGCCUCUGAUUCAGUUUUCGGGUUCUGUAACAUCUGUGUAGAAUCCACUGGAUUGUUUUUCUUCUCCUACAUUUGUAUUAAGACAAAAAGAAUAUGUGCCUUAUAAGCUCGAGGUGUGCACUGCUCCUAAUGUAUUUGAUUGGCUACUCCAUGCUUUGAAAGAACUAUAAAUACCAGAAUACUGCAACGUUUUUAUGUGCAAACAAUUUUCUAAUCCAUGCUCUUCUUCUGUUGUGAGCUAUAAAACCAGAGAAGACCAUUCAGACACAGGUUUUAGCCAAAAGAAAGUAUGCUAGCAACUACACUGGGUAUUUGGGAUCCUAAUGUAGCCCAGAUCCUUUCUGGGAGAAAAAAAGCCAACAAAAACAAUGAGACAGUAGCAGAACUACAGGAGUCAAAAUGCAGGGUUAGUACAUACUUUUCGAGAAAGAUGGGCCUUGGUGGAUUAGGUCUUUGUUUUUACUUUGGCAGGUGGUGCUGCCUUUGUGCUGAGUUUUAUAGCCUGAAUGAAAUUUCCAUGAUGGCAUCAGUUGUACUGAGAUCUGGGAGCCUGUUACCAUUGCACAGUGAAUGUUGUAUUUGCACACACAUAUAAAUAUAAACUGCUGAGUCUGUUUAUGUUUAUGGUUUCAGGGCUAAGCACUUUGUGUUAGAUAAGCGAUAGGGGCUUAUCCCUGGGAGAGGCUAAUUCUGCUCUCUCAGCAGCCAUUAGUUGCCUGUAGUUCUUGGUCUAGGAGUAGGACCCCAUGAGAUUUUCCUCCUUCUAUGUUAGCAUAUCUAUUUAUAAUUGCCAUUUUUCCAGUCUUAUUUAUACAGCCAUUUCUAGGAGAAACUAUCACACCAAACUUCCCAGUACUCUGUCUCUUCUAAUCUUUCUGUGAUGUUUCUGAACCAUAGAUGUAGGUAUUGUGGCUUGACGUAUCAGCAAGGCUAAUCUUUCCACAGUGUUUUGGUCUCUGUAUUGUGUCUACUUGUGGCCUCUUGUGGUGGUCUACAUGUGCUAUAAGGAGAAGUGUCUUUGAUGAGGGUUUUUUUUUUAUUAUUAUAACUAUGCUUACCUGUGGAUAUAAGGACAUUAUUAUUUUUUUAUUUACCUAAAGUUAUAUACAAUGCAUAUAAGUCAAUAUAUGUACAUAUAUAAAUAAUGUAUGAAUUGUAAAAGAAAUUGUGCCUCUUGGGCUGACAGGGUUUCUCACGAGAACCGUAGACUAACAAAACCCCAGCACCAGGCAUAGGAAACCUCUUUUGAAUGGUUAGUCAGAGCAGUCCAGUUGACUACCAAUACAGUAUAAACAAUUGCCAUUGCCCUUGGCUGCUUCUCAGAAAUUGAAGAUAAGGCCCUGUUGCUGAAGACAUCACACAGUGAAAACAAAGAGCUCAGGGUGUUUGAAUCUAACCUGAAAUCCUCCCUUCUCCUUUCUAGCUUCUAUGGUACCAGAAAUUAUUAUGCAAGCUGCCAAGAGAGGGGAAACACCAUGACCACAACAGCUCUGAAAAGGGCAAACAUUUAAUCGGGGCUGGCUUACAGUUGCAGAGGUUUAGUCCAUUGUCAUCAUGGCGGGUAGCAGAGCAGCACACAGGCAGGCAUGGUGCUGGAGAAGGAGCUGAGAGUUCUACAUCUAGGUCCACAGGCAACAGGAGGAAGACUGAGCCACACUGGCUGUAGGUUGAACACAGGAGACCUCAAAGCCCACCCCCACAGUGACGCACUUCCUCCAACCAAGCCACACCUCCUAAUAGUGUCACCCCCUGUGGGCUAAGCAUGAGUCUGUGGGGGACCAUUCUUACUCAAACAACCACACCUAGCCAGAGAUGCUUAUGGUUAAUAGAAAUAAUAUAUACCAUUGAGAGCUUUAAACAAAACAAUGUGAAGUUAUUCACUGACUUAGCUGUGAUCCCACAGGAAAUCAUUUUAGUUUGCUCUAUAGUUUUCCAGAUUCUUAAGAACAUGUGUAUACUUUUGAAAAUAGAAUUACGUUGUGGAUACAGUACCAUAAUUUUUCUUUUUUUCACCUUCUGUUCUCAUGUCCAUGUUCAGAGAGGGAGAAGCCCGUUGCUUAUUUUCAAAACACAAGUAACUUCAGUUGGGAGUUCUGUAAUUUUUUUUUUUUUUUUUGAUGCCUGCUGUGGUUUCUCCCAAAUGUCUUAUUUUUCACUACUUUUGGAAUUUUGAAUUUUUAUAAGAAUGCAUCCUUAUUUCUGGGUUGUUAAUCCUAUAACUUUGUAGUUAACGUUAUUUUUUAAUUACUGGUUUAAUCUGCCUUUUGUCUUGUUUUCUCUGUAAAUCUAGAGACCCUGGCCUGAUCCACCAAAUCCUCUAUAGGGCUUUAGGUGAUGACUAUUUUGGAGACUUGCCUGAUACAGAAUAGAACUUCCGUGGUACUGUUUUCUACACAUACUUUUCAUUCUUUGACAUAUUCAUGGGGAGAGAGACGUAAUAAAGGGAAGGACACCUGUGUGGUUUUGCUAGGAAUUUUGAGCUUAAGGCUAUGAAGACUCACCACAAACUCCUAGAAUAUCAUUUUUGGAAAAUAAAAGAUAAGUUCCUCUGCUGGUGCCUUGGGAUCUCUAGAUGGUUCAUAAUCUAUUCUAGAUGGCUUAUAAGCUAUCUCAUUCAUUAGGAAGAUGUAGAUUUCACCCAUUAGUAAAAUCUGGAAAAAGCAGUCUGUCUUUGGGAACUUAUGAGCACUCGUGUGUAACAUUAUAUCUACACUGAGGUCAGGAAAUCAUUCCGGGAUGCUGUGUAUUAUUUUUCUCUCCAAUAUUGUGAUUAGUAGUCUUAAGAAAUGUGAGAUGAGUGAAAGUUUCAAAGUGGUGGUCUUCUUACAAGGAGAUAAAUGUCUCUUCCAGUGAAAUGUGCAUUUGAUGGGUUGCAAAGUUGCUGUGACAGUGGUAAGGGUCAAGAAUCUCAGCUCUCCAGACACCCAGAGGUCAGUGGCUCUGCUGCUUUUAAACUGCGGAAGCAUCUUGAAGAAGGUCUGCCUGUGUUUUGUACUUGGAAUGUGGAUCACAAAGUCACACAAGGGGAGGAAGAAGAGGAAGAAAGUGUGUAAAACUGCUCCUGUAGAGAAACUUACUCUGAUUUGAUGCCUUAGGUGUGCUGUGUUGUCAUUUACCUGACCGUCUCUAGAGAAGGCUGCUUAUAGAUUGUGUGGAUUUCCUUUAGUUCAUCUAAUUGUUAAGAGUAUUUUAAAGAGUUGCAUCUGUUAAAACCUUAACCUCCCUGUCAUCUAAUAACAAAUAUUCACAUAUUGUUGCAGUUUUUACAGGCAUCUGAAUUUGUAUAUAUUUUUUCACAGUAACUUUUUCUUUCAUCUAAAUCAAAUGAGUUUCCAGAGAAAAAUCAACAUAGACUCUUACUUUUCAGCUCAGUUUUGACUUCCACCUAGAAGGCAGUUUUAAAAUUUGGUAUUUUGCCACACUUAGCUCCUUUACAAGUAAUUUUUUGUCCCAAGCUUCCAUGACAAUUAUUAAAUGUACGCAUGUGUAGCUAAUACCAGUUUCUUGGAACAUUGUAGAGAACAUAAAACUUUGGGGUAUUUGUUGAAAGUCACAACCCAAGCUUUCCUCUCAAGCAGAAGGAUUGUAGGCAUUUAUCAUUCCAAUUCCAUGGUAAGACUAUUUAAAAUCAAAAUUAUUAACUUGUGGAUUCAGGUGAAAACAGUUUGCAGUAGAAAGACAUUGUAGUGGGGUUUUGGAGAGGAAGUCCUAAGUGCUUAUCCCUUUAAGACUGUACAAAGGUAAAUUUGUCCUCAAAUGUUGAAAUCACUGAUACAUAUUUGUACAGAAUGACCAAAGCAUAAAUGAAGGUUAAGAUAAAGAAUACAAUGUGCAAAAUUGUUAUUUCAAAGGUCAGCUCAUACAUUUAUAUUCAGUUAUUACUCAUACAGGAUGUACCUGAAAAUGACUUGACACAGUUUGUGAGAAAAGACAAGUAGGGGACUAGGCUUCAGAGAAAAGGACAAGAAUGAGGCCAGGAAUGGUGUCACAUUCCUGUAAUCCCAGAAUUUGGGAAUUGGGGACAGGAUCAACAGUUGAAGGCCAGCACUGGAUAGAUGGCAAUUUUGAAGUGUCUUUGCUGCUAAGUCUGGAAACAAAAGUAAAAGAAAAAAGUAAAUAAGUCAAGAAAAUAUGUAAGAUAUAAAGAGGGCUAGGCAAACAAUGCACAGUCUAAGGAAUACUAGUAGGAUUAAAGUUUGCAUGUGCGGUUAUAUUCUUUUUUAAUUUAUAUUUAUUUUUAUUACAAUUUAUUUGCUUUGUAUCUGCCCAGUAGCUCCCUACCUCCCUCCUCACCUCGCAAUCCCACCCUCUACUCAUGUCCCUCCCCCAAGUCCACUGAUAGGGAAGGUCUUCCUCCCAUUCCCUCUGAUCCAAGUCAGUCUAUCAGAUCUCAUCAGGAGUGGCUGCUUUGUCUUCCUCUGUGGCCUGGUAAGGCUGCUCCCCCCUCAGGGGGAGGUGAUCAAAGAGCAUACCAAUCAUUUCCUGUCAGAGACAAUCCCUCUUCCCAUUAUUAUGGAACCCACUUGGACACUGAACUGCCACAGGCUACCUCUGUGCAGGGGUUGCAGGCCAUCUUCAUGAGUGGUCCUUGGCUGGAGUAAUCAGUCUCAGAAAAGACCCCUGUGCCCAAACUUUUUUGGAUCUGUUGCUCUCCUUGUGGAGCUCCUGUACUAUCUCCUACUUCUUUCAUAAGAUUCACUACAGUCUACCCAAAGUUUGGCUAUGAGACUCAGCAUCUGCCUCAGUAACCUGCAGGGACCUUUCAGAGGCCCUCUGUGGUAGACUCCUGUCCUGUUCCCUGUUUUCUCCCUCCUCCGAUGUCCAUCCUCUUUGCCUUUUUGAAUGGAGAUUGAGCAUUGUAGCCAGAGUCUCCUUCUUGAUUAGCUUCCUUAGGUGUACAAAUUUUAGUAUGUUUGUCCUAUAUUAUAUGUCUAGUAUCCACUUAUGAGUGAAUAUAUACCCUGUGUGUCUUUCUGCUUCUGGGUUACCUCACUCAGGAUGAUCUUUUCCAGUUCCCCCCAUUUACCUGCAAAUUUCAUGAUUUCCUUGUUUUUUAUUGCUGAGUAAUAUUUCAUUGUGUAGAUGUACCACAAUUUCUGUAUCCAUUCCUCAACUGAGGGGCAUCUGGGCUGUUUGCAGCUUCUGGCUACAAAUAAAGCUGCUACAAACAUGGUUGAUCAAA